UCAGUACCCCAAGUGUGACCAUAAAAUAUGAUUCUUUGCCUGCUGCACCAAACUCCCUGAGUACUUCUUUUGUAGUUUGGUCACAUGGCCUCAACUACAAUGCAACAAGCUUUAGAACAGGCAUUGGAUCGUGCUGAGUAUAUCAUUGAAAGUGCCCGUCAGAGACCUCCCAAAAGAAAAUAUUUAUCCAGUGGAAGAAAAUCUGUGUUUCAAAAACUCUAUGAUUUAUAUACAGAAGAAUGUGAAAAAGAGCCCGAAAUAAAGAAGCUGAGACGAAAUGUGAAUUUACUUGAGAAGCUGGUUAUGCAGGAGACGUUGUCAUGUCUGGUAGUGAACCUCUAUCCAGGAAAUGAGGGUUAUUCACUUAUGCUCAGGGGAAAAAAUGGUUCAGAUUCUGAGACCAUUCGUCUGCCUUAUGAGGAAGCAGAGCUGCUUGAAUAUUUGGAUGCAGAGGAACUACCACCUAUUUUGGUUGAUCUUUUGGAAAAAUCGCAGGUUAAUAUUUUUCACUGUGGAUGUGUCAUAGCAGAAAUACGUGACUAUAGGCAGUCUGGUAACAUGAAAUCUCCAACAUACCAAAGCAAGCACAUUCUUUUGCGUCCUACAAUGCAGACUUUAAUUUGUGAUGUGCAUUCUAUAACAAGUGACAACCACAAAUGGACACAGGAAGACAAACUCCUACUUGAGAGCCAACUUAUUUUGGCUACAGCAGAGCCUUUGUGUCUUGAUCCUUCAAUAGCAGUGACGUGUACUACAAACAGACUCCUGUACAACAAGCAGAAGAUGAACACUCGCCCAAUGAAACGGUGCUUCAAAAGGUACUCAAGGUCCUCUCUGAACAGACAGCAGGAAGUAACUCACUACUCAGCUCCACCUCAGCUCAGAAUACUUGACUACUUACAGAAAAGGAAGGAGAGGAAAGCAGCCCAGCAAUAUGACCUCAAAAUUUCUAAAGCUGGAAAUUGCGUAGAUAUGUGGAAACAGAACCCUUGCUACUUGACUGCACCUUCUGAAGUAGACGUGGAAAAAUAUGCCAAAGUGGAAAAGUCUAUCAAGCCUGAUGACUCACAACCAACUGUCUGGCCAGCACAUGAAAUAAAAGAUGAUUAUGUAUUUGAAUGUGAAGUUGGUAAUCAGCUUCAAAAAACAAAGCUGACCAUUUUCCAGUCUCUUGGCAAUCCCUUGUACUAUGGUAAAAUUCAGACACUCAAAGGUGAUGAGGAAAAUGACAACCUAUUAACUCCAUCACAGUUCCUUAUUGGUUCGAAGACUGAUGCUGAAAGGGUAGUGAAUCAGUAUCAGGAGUUAGUACAAAGUGAAGCUAAAUGUCCUGUGAAAAUAUUUCAUAAUUCAAGUGGAUCAGUCAAUCUUAGUCAUCUUUCUCCAGGGAAGGAAAUGGAACAGCCAGAAAGCAUAUCAGGUUCUGUUCAGUCUUCAGUGCUGGGGAAAGGUGUAAAACACCGACCUCCUCCUAUCAAAUUACCUUCAAGUUCAGGAAGUAGUUCUUCAGGUAAUAUUUUUAGUUCACAACAGUCAAGUGGCCAUCUAAAAUCCCCAACUCCUCCUCCUCCUUCUAAGCCUCCUGGUCUUUCUCGGAAACAAUCUAUGGAUCUUAAUCAAGUUAACAUGCUCUCUCCAGCUGCCAUGUCUCCUGCGAGCUCUUCACAAAGGUCUGGAACUCCUAAACCAUCUACUCCUACUCCAACCAACACCCCUUCAUCGACCCCACACCCUCCUGAUGCUCAGAGCUCAACUCCUAUUACCCCUUCUGCCACCCCUACUCCCCAAGAUUCAGGCUUCACCCCUCAGCCCACUUUGUUAACCCCGUUUGCUCAGCAGCAAAUGUCUCUGAGCCAGGCACUGCCUGUAAUGACCAUUCCUCUUUCCACCAUGGUAACAUCCAUUACUACAGGAACAGCCUCCACCCAGGUCAUGGCAAACCCUGCAGGACUUAACUUCAUCAAUGUAGUGGGCUCUGUGUGUGGAGCACAGUCACUGAUGAGUGGUUCAAACCCUAUGCUGGGGUGCAACACUGGUGCCAUUGCCCCUGCGGGUAUAAAUCUGAGUGGCAUUUUACCAUCAGGAGGUCUGGUACCAAGUGCGCUGCCCGCUGCAAUGCAGUCUGCCUCUCAAGCAGGCAGCCCCUUUGGUUUGAAAAAUACAUCAAAUCUUCGGCCCUUAAAUCUUCUACAGCUUCCAGGUGGUUCACUUAUUUUUAACCCACUCCAGCAGCAGCUGGAGCAUGCACAGUUUUCUCCACAGCAACAAUCUCAGCAGCCCACGACCUGUAGAUCUCAGCAACAGGGAGAACCUCCCUCAGGGUCUGACCAAGGUCCAUCCAAUCAAGAUCAGGCAUUAUCUGCCCAACAAGCUGCUGUAAUUAACCUGACUGGAGUAGGGAAUUUUAUGCAACCUCAAGCCACAGCAGUUGCGAUUCUUGCAGCAUCAAAUGGCUAUGGCAACGGCAGCAGCACAAGCAGCUCACCUGCACCAUCAACAGCAUUCAGGCAGCCACUCAAAAAGUAAAAGGAAAAGAGGCACACCGGCCCCUCCAAAAUCAUGAGACUUGCCUCCUCCCCAAAAAAUUGGUUCAAAGGGGAUUUUUUUCAGAUUAAUAAGGAGAAAGCUUAAAGUUAAAUCAGUGGUUUUUAUUACUGGUGGGAAAAUUAACUUUUGACAUUACACUAAAAAAAAUGAACUGAUUUUGGAAGCCAGCCCUACAGAACCUAGAAAUUUCAUCUAUAAAGCAGCUAGGAUCUGGUUUCCUUAAGUCAAUUUUUUAACAGAAUGUUUUAUCUUGUAUUUUUUACCACUCAACAGCUCUGUACAUAGGGUGAAAAACAUUUUAGAAAAAAUGAACUUUGUAAAGGUAGUAUUGGUAUUUGUUUAUUUAGUAUAAAAGGUUUGUGAACACUGUAACAAAUACAAUUUUUACAAAUCCAUUUUUGAAAAGCUCUCUCCUUUUGUUCACUUGGGCAUUAUACUUUUUAUUACUUUGUCUAUCAGCUUCUUUACUUCUUUGUGUCUUGUAAUUGCUCUGGUGAUACAGUCCUGAAGCUUGGCUCCUGUAAGAAGACUUCCACCUAAAAAUUAAAGGGAACAAUUUGAUUUUCUACUUAUACUUCAGUUAUGUAUCUCUAAAUGUGAUUU